CUUAAAGUCUCGAGUUGUCCGCCUACUUUGGUGACUGGGAGUGCUACCGGUUUCGUACCGUGAGAAUUUGAGGACAUGGCUGAUCGAGGACUUCCAUACCCCACUGUGUUUUCUGUGGAUAGCUGCAUUGGAGUCCCACCGUUGCCCCCCAAGCCAGGCCAGAGGAUGGCCCAAAGACAGAGACGCAAAGUGACCGAAACCAUACUCUUCUUACUGGUCAGCAUGGCUCUUAUUGGCAUAUUGGUGGAGGCUUGUUUCCUUUACUAUCUCCAAAGCCACAAGCAAGACGUAAAAGACAAAGAGUUUCAUCAUUUGAAGUCUAAGCAACCUGAUACUCCUGAUACUCCACAGACUGACGCUCAAAAAGGUGAUAAGAGAAUAGAUGAACCAGUCAUGCCACAACAACCCACAGUGCGCCCGACAAGACGACCUACAUUUCGGAGACCUUCCAAGUCUGUAGCACACCUGCAACGUGCCAGUUGGCCUGAUAAGGAUGGACUCAUUACCUGGAGUGAUGAGGAGGACCACAUUCAUGAGCUGACGCUAACUAAUGGAAAGCUGGUGGUUCCGAAAGAGGGCUACUACUACAUCUACUCGAAACUCACCUUCAAAGCAGAUGGAGGAACUUUUAACCACAGGGUGAUGAAGGCCACACAUCUCUACCCAGAUCCCAUUGAGCUCCUGCGUUACCAUUACGUUGGAGGGCAGAAACCAAAUUUAACAUCCUCUGUAAGAAACAGCUACCUGGGCGGCGUGUUCCACCUGUUUAGAAAGGAAGGUGUUUUCGUUCAGGCAAAAGACGGCAGGGUUCUCCUGCAGUCUGCAGGUGAAAACUUCUUUGGGAUGUUUAUGGUGUAGCCUUGCUUUACUUAUUUAGGCCUGUUUUGGCAACCCGGACUCUUUAAGAUGAGUAACACAGAAUGUUUUGCACUUAUUCUUUUAUUGGACAUGUUAAUAAUGGUGCAAUAAACAAUAUGGUAAUAUAUAUAUAUAUAUAUA